GCCGCGGGAGCGGAAGUGGGGUGCGGAGAGGGCCAUGGCUUUGCGGCGGCUGUUUCUGGGGAAGACCAGGCUGGGCCGGGGCCUCCUCGCGCUGGGUCCGCCGCGGCCUGCCUCGAGCCGAGCUGGAGCGGUCCAGGCGGAGGAGGCGGAGGCGCUGAAGUGGGGCCUACUGCUCAUCCCCACCGCUGCCUUCGGGCUCGGCACCUGGCAGAUUCAGCGCCGGAAACGGAAGCUGAGAAUGAUCGCCGACUUACAGUCCCAGGUGUUGAUGGAUCCAGUACCGCUCCCUACAGACCCCUUGGAGUUGCGGGACCUGGAGUACCGCCCGGUGACGGUCCGGGGGCACUUUGACCACUCCAAGGAGCUGUUCCUCCUGCCGCGCUCGCUGGUCGACCCCGGGAAGGAGGCAAGGGACGCGGGGCGGAUCCUGUCCAGCCCAGAGAGUGGGGCCAACGUCCUCACCCCCUUCCACUGCACAGACCUUGGAAUCACAAUCCUCGUCAAUAGAGGUUUUGUCUCCAAGAAGAAACUGAAUCCGGAGACAAGGAUGAAAGGACAGGUCGAAGGGGAGCUGGAGCUGACGGGGGUGGUGAGGCUGUCCGAGUCCCGGCAGCCCUUUGUGCCGGAAAACGACACCGAGAGGAACCGCUGGCACUACCGGGACCUAGAGGCCAUGGCACGGGCGACUGGGGCUGAGCCCAUCUGCAUCGAUGCCGACCACAAGAGCACAGUUCCCGGAGGCCCCAUCGGAGGCCAGACGCGGGUGACCCUCCGCAACGAGCACCUGCAAUACAUCCUGACCUGGUACGGCUUGUGCGCAGCCACCUCCUUCCUGUGGUAUAAGAAGUUCAUCCAGAAGGUCCCCCGCUAGGUCUGCAGGGGUGCCUGGGCCCCACUUCCUCCCAGAGGAAUUCACUCCUGCCAGGGAAGGACUCACAGCGACUUCCUUGCUUCCCUUCAUGGAGGAAAAGGAGGCAAGAUUUGCCUGGAAACCCAAGGGCAGAUGCUUCUGAAACCCAUCUAAGUGGGUUGAAAUAGGAGAACACAAAGGGCGAUUCAUGGGAAUCCUUGAGCGGGAACUUGGCUAAUGCGACAGGAAGCAACAAGGAUUCCUAUGUUUUUGCAGUAGAAACAAAAUCCGGUUCUUUCAAGCAGCACUAAGUAAAAUCAUGACUUCCUUAUUUCUUAAAAAUGUUCACUGAACUCUUAGGAGUGAAGGCUGCAGUCGCAGUCUUUUCUGUUAAGGAAAAGACUCUUUCUGAAGGAAAGGGGCUUCUAUGGAACAGGGUGGAAAUAAAAGACUCCUCUGAGUCAA